AUGCUGGGUCAAAGGUCUAUCAAGGUCAAUGGCGCCGACUGCGGCAUUGAAGCCAUCCUCUUGGGUGUCAUCACGUCCAUUGGUGGCUUCCUUUUCGGAUACGAUACUGGCCAAAUUAGUUCUAUGGUCCUCUUCGAAGACUUCAAGGAUCGAUUCGCUCAGGGACCUGCGGGUAACAAAGAAUGGGUUCCUAUCAUUCAAUCCAUUCUCGUCUCUCUCAUGAGUAUCGGAAGUCUGCUCGGUGCUCUUUCUGGUGCCUACACUGCUGAUUGGUGGGGUCGACGAAAGAGUAUGACAUUCGGAGUCGCCAUCUUCAUCAUUGGUAAUGUCAUUCAGAUUACGGCGAUGGACUCGUGGGUUCAUAUGAUGAUGGGCAGAUUCGUCGCUGGUCUCGGUGUCGGUAACCUGUCUGUUGGUGUUCCCAUGUUCCAGUCCGAAUGUGCCCCUCGAGAGAUUCGUGGUGCUGUUGUCGCCUCUUACCAGCUCAUGAUUACUAUCGGUAUUCUCGUUUCGAACAUCGCCUGCUACGGAUUCAAGAGGAUGGACACCACCAGUGCCUCUUGGAGAAUCGUUAUUGGUCUCGGUAUCCUCUUCUCCCUCCCUCUUGGUAUCGGUAUCUUGGUCGUCCCUGAGUCUCCUAGAUGGCUUGCUUCCAAGGGCGACUGGGAGGGUGCUCAGCUGGCAUUGGGACGUCUCCGUGGCAUGAAGCACAACCUUGACCACGCCCUCGUCCAGGACGAUCUGAAGGAGAUGAAGGAUAUCCUCGAGAAGGAGAAAUCAGUUGGCCAGGGCGGCUGGCUCGAGUGCUUCAACCCCAAGAGCAGCAUCCCCAAGCUCGUCUGGCGUACAUUCCUCGGUUUCUUCAUCCACUUCCUCCAGCAGUGGACCGGUGUCAACUACUUCUUCUACUACGGUGCCUCCAUCUUUGAGUCUGCCGGUAUUGAGGACCCCAUCCAGACCCAGCUUAUUCUCGGUGCUGUCAACGUUGCCACAACUUUCAUGGGUCUCUGGUUUGUCGAGAGGUUCGGACGUCGCUGGCCUCUAUUUAUUGGUGCUCUUUGGCAAGCUGGUUGGCUGUGCAUCUUUGCUGCCGUUGGUCUUGCCAUUCCUCCCGAGAGCAACUCCACUUCCGGCAUCGUUCUUAUUGUCUGCGCCUGUAUGUUCAUCGCAUCUUUCGCCAGUACCUGGGGUCCCAUGGCCUGGGUCGUCAUCGGCGAGAGUUUCCCUCUCCGUACUCGUGCCAAGCAGGCUUCUAUUGCUACAGCUGGUAACUGGCUAGGAAACUUCAUGAUUGCUUUCCUCACCCCUCUUGCCACCGCCGGUAUUUCAUACGGCUACGGUUUCGUCUUCGUCGGUACCAACUUGGCUGCCGCUCUCCUUGUCUGGUUCUUCCUCUUCGAAUCCCGCGCCCUCAGUCUGGAGAACGUCGAUCUCAUGUACGGCCAGGAGGGACUUAAGCCUUGGAACAGCCACAAGUGGGUUCCUCCAGGAUACAUCACUCGUGAGCAGCGUGACGAGGCCCAUUUCCGCAGCAUCGGCAAUGAGAAGCCCAGGAACAGCGAGUCUCACUCUGGAGAGGACUCAAGAGUUGAGUCGGUUAUUGCUUAA